ACAACAGCAGCACACAGUGGAGAGGAGGCCAUCAUCGCCGUCGUUGUCGUCGUCUCAAGAGUUUUGUCUUUUUCAUCGCGCAAGGUGACGGACGGGCGGAAAGUUUGUGGCUCGAAAAGUGCGUCCCAUUUCGGUCAGUUCCGGUCCGGGAAUCGCAAUUCGGAUUGCGACGGUUGUGCCGCGCCCCGUGAGUGUCAGUUCGGUAGAAACUAACUAUACAUCACAAAAGCAGAGUUCCGAUGUAAGUGUCUUCCUGAAGAUUGCAAACUUCAAAGGUGAAAAAGAAGAAAAUCCAGUAAAAUAGUGCAGGGCCCCAGCCCGGAAGCCCACCGGUUUGCGGUGGUGAAGAACCUCAAGUGGCAAGUGUUCCCCUCUUCCGUCUCCCCCCAUAAACCCCCGUCGAUUCCCCAGAUGUGCGUGGUGUCCGGCUUCCGGAACAAUAGCAGCAAAGCUGGAACCGUCUGAUAUAGGUCUGUGGGAAAUGUCCUCCUCGGCUGGACAUCAUCUGGCGUCGGCACUCCAGCAGCAGCAACAGCAGCAGCAGUCAUCCGGCGGAAGUGGAAGCAGUACUGCCGGCAACAAUCCCACUCGCUCGAUGCUGUCGGUCAAUCUGGAGGCGGCCGCCAUGGCCAACGAUCCGCUGCGGGAUCUGUUCGAGGCGUGCAAAACGGGCGAUCUGGUCAAGGUGAAGAAGCUCAUCACGUCGCAGACGGUCAACGCUAGGGACACCGCCGGGAGGAAGUCCACCCCGCUGCACUUCGCUGCUGGUUACGGUCGUCGUGAUGUGGUCGAGUUUCUGCUAACAAACGGUGCAUCGAUCCAGGCCCGAGACGACGGAGGUCUUCACCCGUUGCACAAUGCCUGCUCGUUCGGCCAUGCGGAUGUCGUUCGCUUGCUGCUGGAAGCUGGUGCCAAUCCGAACACCCGGGACAACUGGAACUACACCCCGCUGCAUGAGGCCGCCAGCAAAGGCAAGGUGGACGUAUGCAUAGCUUUGCUGCAGCACGGUGCUGAUCCGAAUAUACGCAACUCGGAGAAUAAGAUUCCUUUGGAUCUGGCCGAUCCCUGUACGCGGCCGGUUCUUACGGGCGAGUACAGGAAGGAUGAACUGUUGGAAGCGGCGCGAUCAGGCUCGGAGGAACGGCUGCUAGAACUGUUGACCCCGCUGAACGUGAACUGUCAUGCCAGCGAUGGCCGGAAGUCUACUCCUCUGCAUUUGGCAGCCGGUUACAACCGGAUCCGGGUGGUGCAAAUUCUGCUGCAGCACGGAGCCGAUGUACACGCUAAGGAUAAGGGCGGCCUGGUGCCGCUGCACAAUGCAUGUUCCUACGGUCACUUCGAGGUGACCGAACUGCUCAUCAAGCACGGUGGCAACGUCAACGCAAACGAUCUCUGGGCCUUUACGCCGCUGCACGAGGCCGCCUCCAAGAGUCGGGUGGAGGUGUGCAGUCUGCUACUUGCGGAGGGAGCCGAUCCGACGCUACUGAACUGCCAUAACAAGUCGGCCAUCGAUUCGGCACCGACGCGGGAGCUACAGGAGAAGAUUACAUAUGAAUACAAGGGCCACUGCGUACUGGACGCCUGCCGCCAGGCCGACAUUCAGCGACUGAAGAAAAACCUCACCACUGAGACUGUGAAUUUUAUCCAUCCGUACAGCGGAGAUACUCCUCUGCACGCCGUAGCCCAAUCCGUGUAUCCGAAGCGAAAACAAGUGCUCGAGGUCCUCAUCCGGAAGGGUGCGCUACUGAACGAGAAGAACAAAGACUUCCUCACGCCGCUGCACAUUGCUGCGGACAAUUCCCACUACGAGAUCAUGGAUGUGCUGUUGCGUCACGGUGCCAAAGUGGACUCGCUGGAUGGGCUCGGCCAGACGGCACUGCACCGGUGCGCCCGGGAGGACAACAUCCAGGCUUGUCGGUUGUUACUGUCCUACAAUAUCGAUACCAGUAUCGUAUCGCUGCAGGGAUACACGGCGGCACAGCUAGCGACUGAGAAUGUACUGAAAAUCCUACAGGAUCCCCCGUCGGACACGGUGGAUCUGGAGUGCCAACUGUUGGAGGCGGCAAAGGCUGGCGAUCUGGACACAGUACGCCGGAUUGUACUGUCUAAUCCGAUGACCGUCAACUGCCGUGAUCUGGACGGCCGGCACUCGACUCCGUUGCAUUUCGCCGCCGGGUAUAAUCGCGUUCCGGUGGUGGAGUUUCUGCUGGAGCAUGGGGCCGAGGUGCACGCUUCCGAUAAGGGCGGUUUGGUUCCGCUGCACAAUGCCUGUUCGUAUGGGCACUACGAGGUGACCGAGCUUCUGGUGAAGCACGGAGCCAAUGUCAAUGUUGCCGAUCUGUGGAAGUUUACGCCGCUGCACGAAGCUGCCGCCAAGGGGAAGUAUGAGAUUGUGAAGCUGCUUAUAAAGCACGGAGCAGACGUAACGAAGAAGAAUCGCGACGGUGCUACGCCGUUGGAUCUGGUUCGGGAAGGUGAUCAGGAUGUGGCGGAUCUGCUUCGGGGCAAUGCGGCGCUACUCGACGCCGCCAAGAAAGGUAACCUGGCACGGGUGCAACGACUGGUUACACCGGACAAUAUCAACUGCCGGGAUGCCCAGGGCAGGAACUCAACCCCAUUGCAUUUGGCUGCUGGCUACAACAAUCUGGAAGUUGCGGAAUACCUACUGGAACAUGGGGCCGACGUAAACGCACAGGACAAGGGUGGAUUAAUUCCACUGCACAAUGCCUCGUCCUAUGGACAUUUGGAUAUCGCAGCUCUGUUGAUCAAGCACAAUACCGUGGUCAACGCCACGGACAAAUGGGGCUACACUCCACUGCACGAAGCGGCGCAGAAGGGGCGUACUCAGCUCUGUUCACUACUCCUCGCACAUGGAGCCGAUCCGUUCAUGAAGAACCAGGAAGGGCAAACCAGUCUGGAUCUGGCGACGGCAGAGGACGUCAAGUGUCUCCUGCAGGACGCUAUGGUCGCUUCGCAGGCAUCUACCACCGCCAACGGCGGCAGCAGCUCAUCCAUGGCCAACAGUGCCCUGAUGGCAACCACGUGUUCACCAACGACUGAAACGGUCACACUGCCAACGGGCGCCUCAAUGACCCUAUCGGUUCCAGUUCCGCAGCUUCCGGUACGCAGCUGCCUAAGCCCGGCACAGGGAGCCGAGUCGAACGUCGACGGCGUCGUCCUGGACGAUGACAAGAUGACCCAGGUGGUAUCCGUUGAGUCAUCGGUAUCCGCAUUCCUCACUAGUCUACAGCUGGAGCAUCUGAUCGAGUUGCUCGAGCGGGAACAGAUCACCAUGGAUAUCCUGGCCGAGAUGGGGCACGAAGAUCUGAAACAGGUCGGCGUCUCGGCGUACGGAUUCCGGCACAAAAUUCUGAAAGGCAUCGCCACACUUCGGGCCACUACAGGACUAGGACUUACGCCGAACCCGGGCACACUGCUGGUCGAUCUACUUCCCGACGACAAGGAAUUUCUUGCCGUCGAAGAAGAAAUGCAAGCUACGAUACGAGAGCACCGGGACAAUGGCCACUCCGGCGGUUACUUCAAUCGAUACAACAUCGUCAGGGUGCAAAAAGUCCAAAACCGCAAACUGUGGGAACGGUACGUCCACCGGCGGAAGGAAAUCUCCGAGGAGAACGGCCACCAAGCGAGCGAGCGGAUGCUCUUCCACGGGUCACCCUUCAUCAACGCUAUCGUGCAGAAGGGGUUCGACGAACGGCACGCCUACAUCGGCGGAAUGUUCGGCGCGGGGAUCUACUUUGCCGAGCACAGCUCCAAGUCGAACCAGUACGUGUACGGGAUCGGCGGCGGCAUCGGAUGUCCAGCGCACAAGGACAAAUCCUGCUAUCAGUGUCAUAGACAAUUACUACUUUGUCGAGUAGCUCUAGGGAAAUCGUUCCUGCAAUUUAGUGCAAUGAAGAUGGCUCACGCCCCACCUGGACAUCACUCCGUCAUUGGGAGGCCUUCGGCUGGCGGGUUGCAUUUUCCGGAAUAUGUCGUCUAUCGGGGUGAACAGGCCUACCCGGAGUAUCUGAUCACCUACCAGAUCGUCAAACCGGACGACAGCGCCAGCCCCGAGGAGCCAGCAAGAUGAUGGACAAUCUCCGCAGUCAGCAACAUCGGUCAAAACAACAAUAUCGUUUUUGCCAGUACC